AAAAGCCAUUAGCUUGGAAAAGAUUACUGUUUACAGAUUUAUUUCUCUUACAAAUCUAAAUGUUAAGGAAAUCAUGGCACCCUUUACAUUAACAUAAAUUUAUGGGAUGUGAAAGACCCUUUUUAUUCUCAGAUUUUCUUAUUUUGCAAUUUUAAUUGAAAAUUAGAAUAAUAUAUUUUAUAAACAAUGUCUCUGGAACUAAAAGAAGCAAAACAGAGUCGAUUCCAGAAGUUCAAAAAGAAGGUUAAGCUGACUAAGCUAAGCAGAAGUAAUAGCACGAAAGAACAUGUUGAAAAAUAUUAUAUCAAUAAUAACAACGCCUAUGAAGAUGCCUUAGAUGGAUUACACAUUGAUGGAUUGCCUUCUUUAGAUGAAUCUAUUAAAGAAGCAAAACUAUCUUUGGAUCUCUUUUUUCAAAAUAAGUUUGCUGCAGCUCUUGAUAGUCUUAUGUCAUGGUCUCAUAUCAGUACUUACCAUGCUUUGGGAAAAGGCACGAUGCUUUUCAUGCAAGCUCUUCUUACUAUGGAAAGUAAAGAAAUUGAAAAAGCAGCUGAAGCACUAAGACAGGCUGUGGAUGUUUGCCAAAGGAAAAGGAAGAAGCAUACCAUGUCUAAGAUGCUGCGUCGACCUGACUAUAAUUUAUAUACAGAGGAAGAAGUUCAUGCAGAGUUGUGUUAUGCUGAAUGCUUACUUUUGACUGCAGUUUUAACAUUUGUUGAAGAUCAAAGCCUUGUCAAUUUUGUACGAGGCAGUUUAAGAAUACGAACCUGUUAUCAUUCUUACAAGGAAUGUAUGCACAUAUUAGAGACUAGAAAAUGGAGUAAUGAGCUGAGAAAGAAACAUUUUGAAAGUGGUGUUCGAAUGGGUGUUGGUACUUUUAAUUUGAUGAUUUCUCAACUUCCUUCAAAAGUCUUGAAACUUCUGGAAUUUAUCGGAUUCUCUGGAAACCGUCAAUUGGGCUUGAAAGAACUUGAUGAAGGUUAUGCCAUGAAAGAAAGUUUAAGGUCACCACUCUGUGCUCUUAUUUUGGUAACAUUCCAUACUUUGGUCACAUAUAUGUUUGGCUGUGGAGAUGGCGACAUAGAAACAUCAGAGAGAAUAGUACAAGAAAUGCUCUUCAGAUACCCAGAAGCAGCUUUGUUCAUUUUCUUAUCUGGGCGAAUAAAAAUGCUGAAAGGACAAAUUAAUGAGGCCAUUGACACAUAUCAACUGUCCAUUAAUGUUCAGCAAGAGUGGAAACAAUUUCAUUAUCUUUGUUAUUGGGAAUUGUUGUGGUGCCACUGCUUUAAAUGUGAUUGGAAAGAAGCAGCAAAAUGCUCUGAUAUAUUGAGAUUAGAGUGUAAGUGGUCUCCGGCAGUUUAUACUUAUGUUCAUGCCUCAAUUCUCUUUAUGAUGGUAGAAGAAGGAAAUACAGAAUUACAAGGCACUAUUUCAGAACUGAUGGAGAAAGUUCCAAGCUUAAAACAACGAUUAGCUGGUAAGUCAAUACCUUUAGAAAAGUAUGUAGUACGAAAAUCUGUCAAGUUUGUGUCCCAGAAAGGUCGACUGAUUGUUCCAGCAUUGGAAUUGGUGUAUAUUUGGAAUAGUUUUCCAAUGAUAGCAAAAUCUCGUGAACUCACUGAAAAUAUUCUUUGUAAAAUCAAUAAUAUAUUUUCUAGUCUUGGAGAUGCCAAAGAUAUAGCGGAUGCACCACUUGAUGAUUACUGUUUAAUAUUGCUACUCAGAGGUGUAUGUUAUACUAAUUUGGGACGCAUCAAUCAAGCUGAAGAUUGUUUCCGUGAAGUCAUUGCUUGUGAAAAGCGAGUUAAAGAUGAUAUGUAUUUGAUACCUUUCACUAUGACUGAAUUAGCAUUGAUCAAGUUAAAGCAGGGAGAUGGUGUAACUGCUAAAGAACUUUUGGAACCAGCUCGGCACAACUAUCGUGGUUAUCCCCUCGAAACCAUCCUCCAUUUCAGAGUUCACUCAAUUCUGCGCCAGCUGCGUGCCAAAGGUCAUGUGAUUCCUACUCCUUCACCAAAAUCUACACCUCUUCAUUCACCUGAUCCCUCUCCUAAUCGUAAUGGAGAGAUACCAGAAUUCCCUUAUUUGAGAGAGAGUCCUACUAUGCAGCCCAAACGAAAUUUGCUGCACCCCCCAGCUGACCUGGGCUCUUGUGUUUCACUCCCAUGAGUCUUUCGUUUUUGGAUUUAUGUUUAUUUAUUAAACAGCUAAAGUACUCUUAUGUUUUCCUGAGAUAUAUGUUUAUUUUGAUGAAAUCACGUCUUAGUUUAAAAAGUUGCAUUUCCCAAUCCUUUGUUUUUGUCACAAGUUAAUACACUGAAUGUUAUAUGUUUAAAUAUUGUUUGUGUAUUGUUAUAUAAAUGUUCUAAGAUAUGUUGAUUUUAAAUUUAUAGUUUAUUGUAUCAAUAGAUAUGAGUGUCAAUACAGAUCUUUAUAGAUAUGUUAAGUUCAUUGAGAUUCUAUUACCUUUUUUAAUUGUGUAUAUAAUUUGCUUUCAUUCAAUACCUAAAGUUUAAGAACUGCCUUUUUGUUUCUUAGCGUUAUAUUUUACAGCUUUAACUCGGUCUAUUAAUUAAGAGUUUAUUUUUUAUUUAUAACACACUUUCAUGAGCUAAUUUUGAAUUUCACCAAAAAUUCACAACAUAAUUCGAAUUAAAAAUGCAAUGUUUUUGGUUAGAUUAUAAAAUUUAUUAUUUAAAUGCAUUAAUCUGAAUUACAGAUUUCAUCUAGUGGUAAAUUCUCAAUCUGUAAAUGUUACAUGUUGUGUUAAUCAUUCUGUAUGCAGUUAUUACCUAAGUUGCUCAUUUUUUUGUGUGUAGUUUUUUGCAUUUAUAGUUCUGUGAUAUUUUAUCACUAAUUGUUUAUAGUUUAAUAAAAUAAAGCAAAGAAAAACAUUUUAACCACUCAUAUUUAAAUUUAUUUAGUAUAGUCAUUUAUGGCAUGUUUUAUUUAUUGUGAUUUUAAUAGUAAUUAAACAGGUUAUGCCUCCAUUCCAGGCUUUUAAUAUUCUUUAUUGCAUAAUUUGAUCAAUAGAUACAAAAUUGAAACAAACAUUUCAGUUGUAAUAAUCAGAAUCUCUAGUGCAAGUAAAUAAGACCCUAGUUAUUCAUAUGUAGACAGCACAAAAAAUUUCUUGUACUGAAAUAAUUACUUUCACAAUUCAUGGGCGUAUAUUUCAACUAAAAUAUCCCUCUAUGACUUAUCAUGCCUUAAGACUUCUUAUUUACUUAAACAUAACUUGUGUUUGUUGUUAUGGAACUUUCGACUAUGCGCUAAGUACGGAAAUUUAUUUUCAGGAUCAAUACUACAAUUGUCGAUUUGUUCAAUCUGAUUUCAAAAGGAAACACAAUCUCUGAUACCUGUUAAACUGUCGAAGCUUUCUUCUUUAAUUCAUUUGCUAGUUGUAAUUUACUUUCAUUGAUAAUAGUAAUCAAAAUAUCUUCAAAUUUAGUCAUUUUUAUAUAAUUUACUAUUUUAAAGAUUUCCAUCAAACCAUGUAUUUUAAUAUUUUUAAGUAUAUUUUCACAUAAUUUACCAGUUUUA